AUGGUAACUGGCUCUAACGGCCUUCUAAAAAAUAGACAUUCUUUUCCAGAGUCUUCGUGUGGCAAUUCUUGUCCUCUCCGUCUCAACAUCCGCCGUUUACAGUUGUUUCGGCGGUAGCUCCUGUUGCAGUGCUGCUGCUCCAUCUUGCUAUAAUCCUUGGUGGGUUUUUGGCUUUCACAAUGAUUUUUGAUACGAUUCUUUGCUCGGAAAAAUAUUUUUGCCCAGUUUUAUCAAAAAACAAAAAGUCUUUCCUCAAAAUUCGAAAACUUUUGACCAUAAUUUUGAAAGUAGGCCUUCUACGAUUAGCUUAUUAUGUGAAAAAAUUGAAAAAUUUUGGAAAUUGAUAAAUAAAAUUGCAAAACUGAAGGAAAGACGGGCAUUAGAAAGUCAACAGUCUCAGGAAUUUUAGAGUGGUCCCUAUAGGGGUUUAGAGUCUGACCUCUUAGCCUAAAAAGCUUAAGUGGUCCCUAUAAGGGUCGUUCAAUUUUAUUUAAAAAAAGGUAACUUUUCUAGCUUUUCGUAUGAAUAAGCUUCUCGACUAGCAUGUCCCCUAUAGGGAUCACUUCUGCAAACUUUGAUAUCCCUCAUAGGGGUUGGUAAAGUGGUCCCUAGAGAGGACCCUACAAGGGCCCCUAAGAUUCCCCUAUAGGGACCCCUUUGGAAUUCUUAAGGUUGGUAUAUAGAGCGCUCUUUCGAUCAGAAAUUUCAUGGCAUCUUUCAAAGUUGAUGAAAUUUUCAGUCCUCCUCCCCCAGUGUUCAACGCAGCUCCCGCAGGCUACGCAGUGGCUCCACCGCCAGCUUUCCUUCCUCCACCACCACCGCCGCCGUCGUACGCAGCGCCACCGCCAGCAGUCUUCGCCCCACCACCACCGCCACCGCCGCCUCCAGCUUUCUUGGCUCCGGCUCCAGCUCCAGCCUACGCCGCCGGACCACCACCGCCGCCUCCAGCCAUCCUCGCUCCAGCUCCAGCUCCUGCAUACAAUGGACCUCCUCCUCCGCCGCCGUCCUACCAGCCUGGACCUCCCCCAGCGGUUCUUGCUCCUGCUCCCAACUCCUAUCAACAGUUCCCAGGAUCCAAAAUCCGGCAUUAA